CUCGCGAAGGUAGAGCCACGAACACCGCCUCCCGCCUCAGUGCACCUGCCUGCUGGGCUACCUGGAAGAUCGUGCGCUUGGGCUCCCGUCACUGCUUCUCUUCAGCGGCAGCGUCGUCGUCGCCGCCGAUCCACCUGGACACGCCAUGGAGGGGCUGCGGGGUGGCCUGAACCUCGCCUUGCGCCUGCUGUUGCUCCUCGUCGGCUGCGUCAUGAAAGAGACCAGCACACAAGAAACGUUGUGUGGGGUACCUGCCCUGGGACGGAUCGUGGGCGGUUUCAAUGCUCAAAACGGACAGUGGCCGUGGCAGGUCAACCUGAACUUUGAUGGUCAUCAUGUCUGUGGAGCAACUCUCAUUGCCCCCCAGUGGUUGGUUACAGCUGCACAUUGCUUCCCCAGGGUGAAUCCGCUUGAUAUGUAUGAAGUAACACUGGGGGCCUUCCAGCUGAACAAUCCCUCACCAGACAUCCAAGUGAAGCUAGUGCAGGAAGUGAUUAAGCACCCCAGCUUCAUUGAAGAUGAAGGCUCUCAAGGGGACAUUGCCCUGGUGAAACUCAACGAAAACGUUUCUUAUACUCGGACUGUACGGCCGAUCUGCCUGCCUGCCUCGUCAGUCACCUUCCCGAAUGGCAUGAAAUGCACUGUCACCGGCUGGGGGAAUAUCCUUGCCACUACAACCCUCCCCUCGCCCAUGACGCUACAACAGCUUGAAGUGCCCAUCAUUGGUCUGGAGACCUGUAAGUGCCUGUAUGGAAAGAACCCGGAUCCCGAGGAUCCCCACAUGCUCCACAGUGACAUGAUGUGUGCCGGCUUUGCAGGAGGCAAGAAAGAUGCCUGUCAGGGUGAUUCUGGAGGCCCCCUUUCCUGUCGCAUUGACAACGCCUGGUUCCUGGCUGGUGUCGUGAGCUGGGGAGACAGCUGUGGGGCUGCCAAUAGGCCUGGUGUUUAUAUCCGCACUUCUGUCUAUGCCAACUGGAUUAAGGAAAAUGUUCCAGAAGUGCAGCUCAGUGAAGUGACAGCCCGUAUAGAACCUGUCUCUGAAGAGGGCUUGUGCUCCAAUACUACAAGCCAGGGUGGACCCUAUGAUGACAUCCAAGCCCCACCAGGCUGGAGCAAGCCUCUUGACCCAAACAAUACCUCCAACAAUUCUGGUUCCGCAGUCUGUAUGGCUAGUCUACCACUUCUUUUCCUUCUCCUUCAGAACUUCCUGUGGUAACUUUCCUCUCCCACCCCAAGUUGUGUAGGGAGAGUGGUGUCUUCCUGUUUUUGUACUCAUGGGGAUGGUCCCACUAUUUCAUAGCCUGCUGUGCUUCACGUUUUCUCUUUGCACUCUGGAUGCAUAUAAUGCAGUGUGACUCCAAUUAUGAAAUGGUACUGUUCCUCCAAAGCACAAGUUGCCUCUAAGUCUUAGGUCUUAAUCUAGUAUAUAUCUUGUAAAUCCACCUGCAGCCUUGGUCUAGCGUAUAGCAUUUUUAAAAGUUCACACUUCACUCCUAUUCCUGGCCUUUAUUCUGAGUGUCUAAUUCAUAAUUCCCAGGAACAUCUCCUUUUUGCCCCUUCCCCAUCGCCAGUGACUUGUUUGAUCUUUUUUUAAAUCAUAGUUACAUACAAAUCUGUAAGCCACCUUUGUUAAUACGGACACAAUUUCAUAACUCAGUGGGAGUCUACUCACCUUUUUAUGCAAAUUCCUGAACUGCUUUUGGGUAUGACUAAUCUCUCUGUUCAAUAUUUGGCUCUCUUCUUCAGUUGCAUUCCUCGCAUACAUUUUGAAACAUGAUCGGUUUCAUGACAGGUUCCUCUCUGUCCAGUUCCUCCUUUCCAGCUUAUAAGGUGAAUUUUCUGUGGCAUUCUUCUGUGCUUCCCAACAGUGUUUGUCAAGACAAGGUCCUCCACAAUAGUUUGACUUAUUCAAAGAUCAGAGCUAGGCCCUUUGAAGAGAAUCAGUCAGCUGAAUCCUUUAUCUCUUUCUUAGGAUCUAGUUCAGAUCAUGGGCUGAUGUCUUGCCCAACUCUGAUAAUUCAGAGAGCAGCAUAACAUGCCCUAAAGUAAGUUCUUCUCCCUAAAGGUCACUAUCUUGUCAAGUAGAUAAUUCCAUUAGUAACUUGGGUGAUGGGGGAUUUUCAUAGGUUAGCAAUCCUACUGGCGUGGCCUCUGUUAUGGUAUCCACUUAUGAGGAACAGUUCAAGAAACUUGUUGGAAAAUUAUGAUGCAAUUCUAGAACCACCAGGCUCUGAAAAGGGUAUACUGUAUAUUCUAUGGAACCACUUCCACUAACUUUUGGUUUGCUCGGCCGUAGUCUUUCUUCUGGGCUGCCUAUGACUGACUUCAUGUUUGCUCAUCCCUUCUCCUGGCUCAAAGACUGAUUAAAAGGAGACUCAGCAGAGGUGCUGGGACUUUGAAACCAA